CAAAGUUUAAACAAUUUGGCGUUUAGUUCUCCUUCGCGUGCGCCAAAACCAAGUGGGCCAACAAGUCGUCCAAUCCGCCUGAGAUCGUGAUUCGAAAUCCAGAUAUCGAAAGAUGCACUUCGGAGGAGACGGGAGGAGGAUGGCGUUCACUCUUUUGGUGGUCGGCGUCCUUGUAGGGCUGGCCCUGGCCCAGGGCGCAGGCCAAGGGGCUGCCCAGGACUCGCCCCAUGUCCGGCACAAGCGCGGCAUCUUCUGGGACUUUUUCCAGAAGAUGGUCAUCACGAAGAACCUGAUAGUGGAUCAAUAUGUGGACACACGGAACACCCUGAACGACGUCUACAACGUGGUGAACGAGCAAUUCAGCGAUCCUGGACCAGCCAAGCCCACGAGCAGCCCUCGCGUGACCACCGAGAAGCCCUCCAUCAGUGGCGAGGAGAGCGGAGGGGACAGCGAGGAGCCCCCCACGACAACCGAGUCCUUCUCCAUCUCGAGGUACGAGCUGGGCAGGCUCCUGGGGAGGAACUUCCGGGGCCUCCAGCGCCUGGCGAUGAGCGAGUUCAGCACGGCCCUCAACGCCACCAAGUACAACCUGGCCGAGUACAAGGCCGAGGCGGACAAGCAGUUCGCCAACAGCCUGGCCGUCGAGAAGAAGAACAAACUGAAAAGUCUCAAGGGCUGACACUGAGCCGGGCCACGCCCCUUCCCCAAGUGCCUGAUAGUUGUCUCUGUGAUAGGCUGCUCCUCCAUUUUUCUAUUACUCCAUAACUUUAUUUAUUUAAUGGUUUUUUUUCGACUGUAUCUGUAUUGAAUAAAAUGGGGAAAGUGUCCCCGAACGCAUACGGA